AUGGUGCGAUACAGACUGCGGGAAGAACUCGCAGCGGCCGAUGUUGCGGAAGUCAAGGGCCAGCGGCUUGCCCACGCUGUCCUCGUCGACGACAGUGGCGGAACUCAGGUUGCAGCUCACAAUGUCAAAAGAAUUCACCAUCACAAGCUUGUUCGCGUGCAUGGACACAAGGGGGCGUUCGCCGCCGAACUGAACCACCAACGUGCCCUCGUCGCUGCCCAGGGCCAAGUUGGUGUUGUCACUCGUGACGCUCCAUAUCUUACCCAUGGAAAAGUUCAUGCUCCGCUUAAUCUUGUACAAGCUGCUGUGCCACAGAUUCAGGUCGCCGUCCUCACCAGCAGUCACGAUCAACGGCAACCUAGGGUGAUGUAG